AUGGCUUCUAACACCAUCACCACCCUCAACCCCUUCCAGCCUCCAUCUGACGGCUCUCAGCCUUACACAAUGCAAAUCGAGGACGUGUGCGGGAGGGAGGAGCUUGACAAUGCUGGAUUUCAGUAUGGGAGAGAAGCGCCGAAGUAUACUACCAGCUUCUUAAAUGAUGAGAUUGAGCGCGAAUACUACCAUGAGAGCAUCGACCUCAUGAAGAGGGUCACAGUGGCCCAGAGAAACGCCAGCCAGUCCCCCGGGCUCAUAUGGACCAAACUCCUGCGGCUACUAGUGUUUCGUAGUAGGGAUGCCAAUCCACAUGAGACGGAUGUCAAUCCACAUAGUGGGGAUGCCAAUCCACACGAGACGGACGCCAAUCCACAUGAGACGGACAAAGUUCCUUCCCUCCUCCACAAACGCUUCCAAAUCAUAGACCUGUGGCGCCCCAUUUCGCAUGCAGCUGUAGAUCGACCGCUUGCAUUAUGUGACUUCCGGAGUGUGGAUUUCGACAAAGCUGUCGCUCUUAUAUACCCUGACCGCUCCGGCAACUAUUAUGAGGUAGUGCCUUUGCGGACAGAGGGAUUGUCUACCAGGGAUGACACCGUGGAAGGAUGGAGUGCUGUUGGGACAUGUUGUUUGAAGGAGUCUGAUAUAAGGGAGAGAACAGCGUACCCUUCGAUUUAUGUGGGGUCUGAAUCUACUUGCGUUGCAUUACUAGUCCCGCCAGAUCCACUAGCAAAACCAGUGCUGUCGCUGACCUACAUCCUUGUGAGCUUAUACACCAGGCGUGUCGCAAGUGAAGAGACUCACCACGGUGACGAACUGGGAUGUGGACAGGUAUUUGAGCUGAAAACUGGUGGUAGUGGAGCUACCAUGAAACUAUUGAUACACGGUGGUGCAGACCUCUAUUAG